AUGGGGAAAAAGACAGUUGAAAGGGAUUGUGAUGUCAUUAAUGGAUAUGCACCUAAAAGAACAUACUGGUGCAAUGCUUUCAUGGACCUUGGAUUUCACUCACCUGUAACAACAACAAAUGGUGUAGAAUCCCUCAACAAAGCCUUAAAGCACUUUUAUUUAAAACUAGCUAAUCCUGGGACAUUGAGCACCUUGAUGGGAGUAGUCAUCCAGGAUUUCCUACCAGAUUUGUUUCAGAACUAUGUGAUGUUGAAUUACAGGGCAAGUUCCAACUUUAAAGCGUAUGAUGCAAGCAUACCAAAGUACUUGCAUAACCGUCCACGGAAAGUUGUAGAACACUGCAUGCAAAGAUACCACUCCAGUGACCAGAUAGGCUCAGGUGAUAUAAAGAUUGCAGAUGACAUUUCUGGACGGAUAUACCAUGUAAAAAGUAGGGAAUCCAGCCAAACCUACCAGGUGACUAUGGGAAGUGGGAAGAAAUUUCCUCAUUGUACCUGUGAAGACUUUCGUAGAAACUUCCUUCUCUGCAAACACUUUUUUGCCAUCUUCAAGAGUACAAACCAAAGUUGGAGCGAUUUAUCUCCACUAUAUGCAGAAAGUCCCUUUGUAAACUUAGACUUUGGAGCUGUAGAAAAACAUGAAAUUGUAAAUGUGUCAUCAGAUUUUGAAAUUCCAACCCAGAAGUUUUUUGAAAAGGAGGGGAAAAGUCUGAGAUCUUCAAGAGGAUUCCGAAGACCUUCAAGAAGACUGCACAAAACUCCAAAGAGAUGUUGUGGCUGA